UCCGGCGCUGGGCAUGGAGCGUGUGCGGGGAGCUGGGGCCGUGCUGGCGGUCCUGGUGCUGCUGGGAGCCCCCCCGGCUGCGGGCGAGGAGCUGUCGGGGGUGUUCCAGCAGAUGAGAAAGUACGAGUGUCACUUCAUCAACGGCACCGAGCGGGUGAGGCUCGUGGCGAGGUUCAUCCGCAACCGCAAUCAGUACGUGCACUUCGACAGUUAUGUGGGGGUCUUUGUGGGGGACACCCCACGUGGGGAGAAGGUUGCCAGGAAAUGGAACAGCGACCAGGAACUUCUGGAGCUCGCAAGGUCUUCAGUGGACAGGUACUGCCGGUACAUGGAGGUGUUCACCCCAUUCAGCAUGGAGAGGAGAGCCAAUCCCAGCGCUUCUCUCUGA